CAGCCACCCAAAAGUUCAAGUUGCGAGCUGAAUCGCAACACUUUUUUCGUUCUCUCGAAAUAUCUUCAACCUACACAAAACAAUCACAUCGGAAACGUGGGAAGAGAGCGGGAAAAAAAGGAAAGGAAGGAAAACGAAACCCAACAGACUCAAGUCACCAUGCGUCUCCUCCCACACUCGCUAUGGCUCCUCAUAGCCGCCCACCUCGAAGCCGCGCAAGCUCAACAACAACAACUACCCACGGCCAUCAAGAAGAUGCCACCCGACCAAAGCGAGAAAUUCCACCCUCACUACGUCGCCUUUGCCGAUUCCAACAGCUCCCCCACCAAUGACCCAAACCGCCCGCUUCCCCUCAUGGGCUUCAUAUCAGUCGAGCAGCAACAAGUGGGCGACAUCAACCCCGUCCUCGCCGCCCGCCGUCUAGCCGACGAACAAGACUUCCACCGUCUGCAAACCAACUCCUCCUCCGCGCAAAUCUCCUACCGGCCACCGUUCGCCAACCACAACGACCACUUGCAAAAGCCAGAGGAAGAGGAAGAGCAAAAGCGAGCAUGGUCCCUCUUCCGGCGCUCACGCGAAGCGCUCGCCCGCCUGCAGCGGCGACAGUGGAACUGCCCCGAGGGCACAGCCAGCUGCGCGCGCAUCGGGUAUCCGAACAGUUGUUGUAGGACGUCGGAGACGUGUGUGGAGAUUGAGGAUGUCGGAUUGGGGAAAGUAGGGUGUUGUCCGGCCGGGGCGACGUGCGGCGGGUCGGUGUCGACGUGUGCGGAUGGGAACACGGGGUGCGCGUCGGAGAUUGGGGGCGGGUGUUGUUUGCCGGGGUUUGUGUGUGCGGGUGUUGGGUGCAUCAAAGCAGGCACCUCGCCCACCACCACCCAAUCACCCCCCCAAACCACCAGCGACACAACAGCCAUCGAGCCACCCGUCCGCCCAACAUCCUCAUCCUCCACCACCACCACCGCUCCACCUCUCCCACCAGUCACCGCCACCACCACCUCCUCCCCUUCUCUAAGCACUUCCCUCGACUACUGCCCAACAGGCUUCUACCCCUGCCUCGCCUCCGCCGGCGGCGGCUGCUGCCAAACCGGCCGCGACUGCAGCGUCACCAACUGCCCUCCGAUCGAGCUGAGCACCAUCAUCAACACCAACGGCCACACCAUCGUGGUGCCCAUCACCGCCGUCCCGACCACCACUGCGACGGGCAGGUGCGCUAGCGGGUGGUAUAUGUGCGGGAAGGAGGCCGGUCCGCUUCCGGGGUGUUGUCCGAGCGGGUACGCUUGUGGGAGUGUCAGUUGCUCGGUGGUGAUUACGCCCACCGAUGGGGAGUUGGCGACGGCGACGGAGGCGAAGGAGCUGCCUACGUAUACCAAGGCGCCGGCUGCGCCGCUGGUUGGUGGGGCGGCUCGUGUGGUUGUGGGCGUGGAAGUGAUUGUUGGGGUGGCGGUUGUUGUUGGGGGGAUGAUGGUUUGAUCUUGUCAUGCGGGAGUUCUUGAAGAGGAAGCGUGGCAAGUAACGACGAAUCUGGGUUCAUGAUGAUUAAUGUUAAUACGUGUAUAUGUGGGUAGACGGUUUUUCAUGUCGGUUGCAUUACUUGGGAGUUUUAGCGCAUUUCGUGAUA